AUGAACUGGCUACCCAACGGGCACAGGUAUAUUUACUUGCGGACAGGAUGCCUGAGCCUCGUAGGUGCUUGUCGACUUCUUGAGUGAAACCAUUACUCUCUAACAAUACACCAUCAUGAGAUUGUUGGUUUCUUUGUUGGCGUUCGCCGCUAUCUUCGCGGAUGUUCACUGCCAAAAUGAUGAAGCAACACGACUAGGCCUCAUUUCUGGUGAUAUUGGAGUGCCUCCCGUGCCCGGUGGCCAGUUUGGAAACCCACAGAACACGAAUUCUCCCGACUGCUUCUGUCUGCCAGUCAACCAGGCUUGCCCCAACCAGCCAAUUGCUUCUCUUCUCAGAAUUGCCAACAGACCUCAGGGAGGAGUUUGCGUGGAUACCGAGCAGAAGCUUUGCUGUCCUGGAUCUGGAAACAUCCCCACACCUGGCGGGGGCAGGCCGAUCCCAGUGGUGCCGAACCCCGUUCAGGUUGGGGGAUCGUGUGGCAUCUCUAGUCCCAUCUCACUAGGCCGUUCCAACUUUGCUGAGGCAGACUUUGGUGAGUACCCAUGGAUGGCAGUCGUCUUAGGUCUGAACAACAACUAUCUGGGUGGAGGUGUCCUCAUUUCCCCUGAAUGGGUUCUUACAGCUGCUCACAAGAUCAGCACAAAUCAGAUAAAAGUGAGACUGGGUGAGCACGACGUGAAAAGCCCACAGGAUCAUCCACAGUUAUCUCACCUGGAAGUCCCCGUAGACCGCGUUGUCGUGCAUCCACAGUACAACGCCAGGUCCCUCGCCAACGACAUCGCUUUACUGCAUCUGGGCCAGCCAGUCAAUACGAACGCAUUCCCACAUAUCAGAACUGCCUGCCUUCCUGAACAAGGCCAACUCUUCUUCACUACAACCCAGAGUUGUUGGGUCAGCGGAUUUGGUAAGGAUGCCUUUACCACUGGCGGAUCCUUCCAAAAUAUUCUGAAGGAGGUUGACGUGCCUAUGGUUGAUCCUUUUGUGUGCCAGGCUAAGCUUCAGAGGUCUCGCCUAGGCUCCGAAUUCAGACUGGACACGAAUUCUUUCAUCUGCGCCGGAGGAGUUGCUGGCAAAGACGCCUGCACGGGUGACGGUGGAGCACCUCUCGUGUGCCCUACCCAAAAGGGUUGGACUGUCGUUGGACUCGUUGCCUGGGGCAUCGGUUGCGCCACUGGCGAGAUGCCAGGUGUUUAUGUCAAUGUGCCCAAUUACGUCAAUUUCAUUCGCCAACACGUCAGGGUUUAAAAUUGGGCGCUGGUCAGACAAUCAUCUCUGCUGCUUCAGUUACUUCAAUUAGACUCAUUUCAUUAUCAUUUCACCGAAACCACACCAUGGCUAAAACAUUAAACUCGACAAUAAUUAGAUUCAAAAGGCCUUCUUUAUGCGCGUGAAUGGAAAAGUCAAUGUUUGCUCAACUCCCGUCAUCAGAAAAGGCUCUUUGGAUGUUUCAUUGUCAACUAUUUGAAAACCCAACACAAAAUUGUUGUUAUUAAAUUGCUAAAAAAAUAUCGCCGCUGUUUUGGUUCCUAGUUUGGAUUGUAUAACCAAUUCUACUUGAGCGGUGACCCUUGGGGAGAAUUCAUUGUCCAAAAUAACAUCAGUAUUGAAAAGAACAUUUUUUCAACCUUUUUGCGAAGCACGAGGUCAUGAGGUAUGCGACAUCAGUUUCAACUAAUACCUAAUAACUUAUUUCUUAUCAGUUCCUGUGAUCGUCAAUAUGCUGAAGAGCUAUUGCAUGUUAAUUUUAAGUUAUAAACAAUAAACACCUUUGAACAGUA